GAUGAAGAAAACAUACAUACAGUUUCUCUUCCUUCUUCCCUAUCCCUGGUUAAUUAAUUCCUCACCCUAGAAUCCGCCGCCCGCCGCAACGGUGCUUCAAUUUCUCAAAACCUCUCUCAGAUCCCACGCCGGACCACCACCCACCCGAAUAACUCCAACCCUUCUUUCUCAGAAAUCCAACAACGCUGAACGCUCUACCACCCCUUAAUUGAAGGCGAUCUGCGUCUGCCUGCGAUGAAAAUUCUUUUUCUCUGUUUCUUCCUCGCUGGCCGCGUAAUCAAAGGGACUUUCUGCGUCUCUUGAUUUCUCUUUCUCCCUUUCUUCCAUUGAAGUUUGCCACAGCUAUAAUCAUUCACGGGAAACGCAGGCCACUCACCCUCCCCUCCCCGUCAACCCAAUCGCGCUUCUGCGUUUCACGCCGUCGUUUUAGGUCCUUUUCACUCUUAAUUAAUUCUCCUAUUUUUAUUCUCUACACCCCCAAUUCCAAUUUACACCCAGAGCCUCUCUCUCUCUCUCUCCCCGACUCAAGCUUCUCCAGGUCACCUCUAGGUUACCCACAAUCUUAUAUAGGAUGCCUGUAGAAGAAUGGACACCUCUAGGUUACCCACAAUCUGUAAAGGUCGCAAAACCUCAUUGGAAUAAUCAUCCAGAAUGGACGACGACAUUCCUUGAAGUCAUAUACCACGACACGUUGAACGGCAUUCUGACAGGUCAAGCACCUGGCGGUGCAGGAUAUAAUCGUGUUGCCAAGGUACUUUGGAAGAAGUACAACGAAUACUUCACUCAGAAAAUGCUCAAGAACAGAUGGGAUGUCUUGAGAAAGCUAUGGCUAUUGUAUCAAGAUUGUAUUAACUCAUCUGGAACAACUUGGGAUCCAAAGCAGAAGAUGAUUGUUGCAAAGGACGAAUGGUGGCAAGAUAAAAUUGGAGAAAGACCAGGCGCGGCAAAGUUCCGAGGAAAGUCGUUGCCAAACCUAGCUCUUAUGGAGUCGGUAUUCGGGGGUCGAACAGGGUCGGGUUUGAAUCUCGUGAACCACAACGGUGGUGCUCAAAGUCACGGCGAUCAAAACGAAGGGAAAGGUAGCAACAACGGGAAAGAGCAACAAGACGACGAUCAAAGGGAAGUUGAAGGCCCUCAGACACUAGUCGUGAUAACUCAAGGCAUCGACAACGAACACGAAGUUGGAAAAAAGUCUUGUGCUGCUGCGUCGGCAUCAAGAUCUGGGAAAAGAAAAAUUGAAUCUUUAUUCGGAGGAGGGACUAGGGAAAUAACACCGGAGUUUAAGAGAAACAAACAAUCUUUACAAAUAGUCAAUAUUAAUAACUCCACAUUUAGGGAAAUAAGUGGAUGGGUUAAUAAUAAUAAGUGUGAGGCGAACCAGUUAUCUCAAGUUAUGCAAUCGUUGAAGGUCGACUUGAAAUGGAGCACGUCGCACCCUGAUUGGUUAACUAUUGUGACUAUGUUUGUUGAGAACCACGCAUUGUUAGAAGGUUAUUUGUGGUUAGAUGACAAUCCUUCACGUUAUGCGUUUGUUAGCCGACAGAUUAAGCGGUGGCGGGCAGCCAACCCAGGAACAUUUGAUGAUACCCCGGUUGUGUCUGGUCCAUCAAUGAGUUCUUGAGGUAAAAAUUAUAUGAUUCUAGGUUGUGUUUUCGAUUGUAAGUAUGAAAAAUUAUGCAUGUUAUUAUUAAUAUUAAUUAUCUCAAUGUUUAACUUGAACACUUGUCAUUUUUUAGUAUAAUGGUUAGAAGAGGAAGCUUUUAGGGGCUUAAAAUGGUCUUCUUCUUCCUCUUGUUAUAUUGUAGCUGAUGCUGAUCUGACCUAUAUAUAUAUAUAUAUGCAGUUUUUUUUUCUCUGUAUAUGAUAUGUUAUUGGUGGUGUA